ACGCGCACAUAACAAUCGCAUUUUAUAUAAUAUACAAAAGAUCACGAAUCCAAACUACUUAUUCUCAAAGAUAAAGAGAACAAGUAUAAUAGAGAGAGCCAAAGAAAGAAUCUAGGGGAAGAACUAAACAAAAUUAUACACAAAAAUGGAGAAGAACAAUGUGUUUGUGCUAUGUAUAAUUUUGGCAUUAGUGGGAUCGUCGUUGAUGUUUGAAGGAGUUAAUUGCUGCAGAGCUUUACCAUCGAAGUCGUUGAGAAAUAUUAAAGGACAUGAGCAAUCCCCGGUGACCAUGGAAGUGAAUAACAACUGGACAAGUCAACGUCCUUUGGUGAAGAGCUUUGUUUACCGGUUAGCGUCUGGGCCAAGCAGAAGAGGACCUGGUCACUGAUCAACAACUACCGCUUUUGAUCGAUGGUGUUUUUUGCGUUGUCUUAAUUAGUUUCUUUUUGUGUGUGUGUGUGUAUAAAGGGAAAGCUUUUGUUUCAGCCACAAAAAAAUUAGA